CGGGCCCGACGUCCGGCUCUGGCCCCGCGACAAUAGAGUCCGGAAGUGCAAGCAGAGCGGCUGCCGGGGGCUCUGCGCAGUCCCGCCCGGGACCAGCAAAGGCCGCGCCCCGGCUGGCGGGCGGGCGGGAUGGCUGCAGCGCUGGCCCUAAGGGUGUUCGCGGGGUUGACGGCCGCUGCGCUGGUGGCCGUGCUCUUAGAGCACUAUGGCCUGGCUGGCCAGCCCUCGCCGCUGCCCCACGCCGCGCCGCACCGCAGGCCGUACCCCGCGCCGGGCCCCGGAGACAGCAACAUCUUCUGGGGCCUGCAGAUAUCCGACAUUCACCUGAGCAGGUUUCGAGAUCCAGGCAGAGCGGUAGACUUAGAGAAGUUCUGUUCUGAAACUAUUGACAUCAUUCAGCCAGCUCUCGUCCUAGCAACAGGAGACCUGACAGAUGCCAAAACAAAGGAACAGUUGGGAUCCAGGCAGCAUGAAGUGGAAUGGCAAACUUACCAGGGUAUUCUGAAGAAGACAAGGGUCAUGGAAAAAACCAAGUGGCUGGAUAUCAAAGGAAAUCACGAUGCAUACAAUAUUCCAAGUCUGGACAGCGUCAAGAAUUAUUACAGGAAAUAUUCUGCCUUACGUAGGGAUGGCUCUUUCCAUUAUGUCCACAGUACUCCCUUUGGCAACUAUUCUUUCAUCUGUGUGGAUGCCACCAUGAAUCCAGGGCCUAAGAGACCCUAUAAUUUCUUUGGAAUUUUAGAAAAGAAACAAAUGGAGGAGCUCUUAUUACUAGCCAAGGAAAGUAGUCAGAGCAACCAUACGAUUUGGUUUGGACACUUUACAACAUCCACUAUCCUUUCUCCAUCACCAGGAAUCCGGUCAAUAAUCAGUUCGGCUACCGCUUAUUUGUGUGGGCACCUCCAUACACUUGGUGGACUGAUGCCUGUUUUGCACACUCGUCACUUCCAGGGCACUUUGGAACUUGAGGUGGGAGACUGGAAGGAUAAUAGAAGGUACCGCAUCUUUGCUUUUGAUCAUGACCUCUUUAGCUUUGCAGACUUGAUCUUUGGCAAGUGGCCUGUGGUUCUUAUCACCAAUCCUAAAUCACUCCUCUAUAGCUGUGCUAAACAUGAGCCACUAGAAAGACUCCUAUACUCAACACACAUCAGAGUCUUGGCCUUUUCCUUAUCCUCCAUUACUUCUGUCACAGUUGAGAUUGAUGGAAUUCAUUUAGGACAGGCUGUUCAUUUGUCUGGCCCUAUUUACAUACUAAAGUGGAACCCUAGAAACUACAGCAAUGGGACACAUAACAUAGAAGUGCUUGUCCAGGAUUCUGCUGGAAGAAGUAAGAGUGUUCACCACACAUUUUCUGUUCAAGAGAAUAUUCAUCUCAGUUUUGAUCCCUUGGCAUCAUUUAUUCUCCGUACUGACUACUACAUUGUGGCCCGGGUCUUUUUUGUGCUGAUUGUGCUGAUCCAGCUCACUAUUCUCAUUACUUUUAGAUAUCGAGGAUACCCAGAGCUUAGAGAACCUUCAGGAUUUGUAAAUCUGACCUCAUUUUCCCUUCAUGUCUUGAGCAAAAUAAACAUCUUCUACUAUUCUAUGUUGUUGCUGACCCUGUAUACAGCGCUGGGACCAUGGUUUUUUGGUGAAAUUAUUGACGGCAAAUUGGGUUGGUGCUUUUCCUUUGGGAUGUUUGUUAAUGGACAUUUCCUACAAGGCAGCAUAACAUUUAUAAUAGGAAUUCUCCAGCUGGUGUUUUUUAAUAUCCCCUUGAUGGCUUACCUGUGUUGGAGCUUGUUGCAGCGGUGCUUUGGUCACAACUUCAGAUCUCAUCUCCAUCAAGGAAAAUACUUGAAAAUUAUACCUGUUUAUCUACUUAUGAUACUGCUGUACAUCUGGCAGGUGUAUUCCUGUUUCUUUCUUUAUGUAACAUAUGGCUUCCUCGCUUUUUUAUUCUCCCCUUUGCGGACCUGGUUGACAUUGCUGACACUUGUCCUCAUUCAUUGUGUGUGGACACUGAACUCUGCCAAGUUUGGAACCUUCAUGGUGCAGUUAAAAAGCCACCUGAGCUCCUGAAGACCUUGUCUGACUACUGGCAAUUGGGCAGAAGUCCAGCCUCCACGUGUAGCCCAGGCUCCUGCCCAAGUAGCAGGUGAAAGGCCAAUAUUGGUGGGUUAGCUUCAGGCAGCCGCUAUUUCUUAAAUGCCUGGUUGUUGGAGGGGUUAACCACUACUGAUUUCUGCAGAAUGGACUAUAGAAACGUCUUUAAAUAAUGCCUUGAUUCCUUUUUACCCUAAGCAGGCAAAGGGUUGUUUUACCUCUGUGGAGAGAAAUUCCUAAUCUAGGAGAUCCACAGGGCAGGGGUAUGGGAGUAUCUGAGGCCAAGUGAAUUUUUUAGGGUCACCCAUGUAAAGUAACAGCGCCACGUCUGGUACUCAGCAGCUGUCAAGGGUGUAAUUUUAGGGGCAGGGAACCUGUGCAGACUUGAACCUGACCCUGACUAUCACUGAGAUAUUAGUUCCCAGGCCUGUUUUCUUACAGUAUUAUGAACUCUCUGCUUCCUUAAUCGGAGAUGUUUCAAAUAAUCAAAUAAAUGAAUGAAUGAUGAAUAAGAA